AGCUCACACACUCUCAGAGAUAUUAUAUGCACCUGGCUCCAGAAUAACUUGGGGACUACACCACAAUGACCUCGAUAAACGCUCAAAACGUCACGUCGAUCACGACCUAGAACGACCUCGCAGUACGCGAUCGUCAUCAAGCAACGAUUGUACGCUCAUCAUGACCGACCGGUUCUCCCACCCUCUCUCCAUCCAGCCGUCGACCACUUCAUCUCAGAGAUCUAGACAGUCACCUAGUCGAGCCAAUAUCUCUUCCAAAACGUCCGCCUCGCAAUUCGCUGGACGGGUCGACAGGACAAGAACGGACAGAUCACGUCAACCGGAAGCCGCAUUCCUUAACCCGCAGGCUGAACAAGAUGCGAGUUCGUACAAGGCCCAGACUAGAUCAAGAGCCUCGACGACUUCCCGAUCUAGGAUACCUCAAGCGUUACAAGGUGUAGGGCGGGAAGAGUUGGAUAUCUAUUUGGUCCGGUGGGAUCUUUUGGGGGAUGACGAGUUGGCCAUCGCGUGCGGGGUACAUCCAUCAAGUUCAACAUCAACAUCAACAGCAAUCAGAUCUGGAUCCUCACUCACCUCGACUCGACCUCGAGCUACAUCACCGUCUACCUCUACCUCAAAUCCAUAUUCAGACGUCACCGCACCUCGUCUAACCCGCUCAUCAUCCUCCCUCUCCUCACUCCAAACCCCUAAACCUCGCCCUCGACCUUUAAAACGCCUAUCCACCCAGAUCCUCGCUCUGACGCUUCCUCCAUCUGAACAUCACCCCGCGAGUGAGGGUGGUCCAAGGAAUGCAGCUUCCUCGUCGUCGGUGUCAGGAGGGCUUUAUUCGGUUCGGAGAACGGAAGGACUCUUCCCACCUAGUCCUCCUGCGGAUAGGCCUGAUUUCGAGUUUGAUAGCCUGCAACAUGAAGAUCAAGGUCAAGAUCAAGGUCGGGAUCAGAAACCAGAUCAUCGAAACAUCCAAGCUUGCACCUCCGAAUCCGUGCCAGCCAGGCUUACCAACGACGUCUCUGUAGAUCCGGGAUUACACCCUUUGCGGGUCCUCUCCCGUCUAACUAGAGAGUUAGGGGAAGCUUGUUUACGGUUAGAAGAGGAGAACCGGGAAUUACGAUCACGGGCAAUAUCACGAUCACGUUCGCUCGAGCAAGAAGAAGAAGAGAUGAAAAAUCAAGGAAGCCGGGAUGUAGCUGGAGGAUUUAGCACGCCGAGGAAAAGGUCUGAUGCGGCUCGGCUCGGGUUGGGGGUCGAGGAGGUAGAAGGGGGAGGCGAGGUUGAUCAAAUGGAGCCUGCGGAUGGGAGAGAUAUGGACAACGGAGUUGUGGGCGGCCGGAGGUUGUCUAGCGUUUUCAGGGAGGAGGAUCAGCUCUCUAUACACGACUCUCUCAGCGAAGCGCUGUCCACCCACCUGACCUCUCCGGCCGUUUCAACCUUUUCUCAAUCACGCACCAGACACCAUCAUAACCACAAUCGCGGAGAUCCGCUCUCAGCAGACCUGGACGACGAUGGAGAUCUCGACCAGGAUCCGCAAUCUACAAUCAAAGCUCGGCCUCAAUCUCUUCGUCCUCGUUCCGAUUCCCCUGCGAGAUCGUUAGGAGGUAGAUCAGGCAAAGAAACAGCUUCGCAGGCUUAUGCUCGGCGACGAUCGGGAAGCAGCUCGACGUACGAUCACACAUCGAGCAUCCAGCCUGAGGGAGCGAUCGGUAGGACGCCGACGAUCGUGGUCCGCCCGACUAUCGCCGACGUACGCCAUUUAUCUGAGACGACUCCAAACGAGUCGGCUGUGGCAGACGAAGAGUUGUUGGGAAGUAGCGUUCCACGACCGAAAGGCAAGACCCAGAAUCACCGGUCGAGCUGGACGGACAGUCUUUGGGGCUGGACCGGGAGUUCAAGCGGGACCGCCGGUGGAGGUGUACACAGGGGUAAGAGUGCGUCCCGGAAAGAACGCGCCCAGAUCGGGGACUUGCGAGCAGACAAGGGAGGACUGCAGUUUCAACCCGGUCGAUCACGCGCUUCGACGACGACCUCGGAGUCGCCUGCGGUGGGUCGGCCUGUGUUGUCGCCCCCAAUCCAGACCAGUAUUCAUCAAGAUGAGAAGGAGAACGGCGAGGAGGAUCACGAUUUCCGGUACGGAGAUCGCGGGAAUACGCCUUCGUUCUGUGCCAUCUUUCUCGCUACUCGGUUGUUGACACCGGACAUGUCCUCGAUCCUGAGUACCGGGAGCAAGAAACGGCUUGAGGGCGAGACUCUAAGUCGGAUGGCUUAUGCUCUGGUCAGGAACGCUAGAGACGCUGGGAUCGUCUUGCGUACUCCUCCAGAGGCGGUCAGAGUCAAUCGCGAGCCCGCCGAACGGAAGACCCCGUACAAGAGGUCUAAGCGGCAUUCGGUGCUCGGUCUGCCUGCCUCUCUCGGUAGCGUAUUGUCCAGCCCGGUUCAAGCGUUCCUCGGGACAGGAGGUUCCUCGAAUUCGCAGUCGAACGAGAACGAGACGGCUCGAAAACAGUUAUUGCGUAGCAUUUCCAGCCGAGACAUGGUUGGAACGCUAGCGACUCCCGGAACUGUGGCCAAAGGAAAGAGUCCAGAUCGAUCUGCCGUUUCGACCCCUCUUGUGAGUCCGGGCGAGGACGAGGAAGCAUUUACCCCACCGCUGGUCGAAAUGAACGCCUUCACCGCCGACAAAGACAAGCCGCCAACCAUGCUGCCGCGCCGAAACACGAUGCAAAACUUGCACGGCGAGACGUCUCCCUCGCUCAAGCUGGCUUCUAGGUUCGGCGAUGAGAGAGCCGAGCUCGCUCCGUAUACUGACAAGUUCGGGUUCGUCUACGAUCUGCGAUACGUCAGGAUGCUGCUCGAUCUCAAGGCUGCCUCGGAGGAAGAUACGCUCGCCGCCGUUCCUCAGGAGGAGGAUGAAAUGCCUCGCGUCAAGCGGGAUCCUCGUGCGUCAUUCGACGAACACGCUCUGGAGAGGGUCAAAUCCGAGGUCAGCACUCUGUCGAGCUCCUCGCCAGGGUCAGCCAAUACUCCUUUACCCGAUUCUGCCUCGAAUGCUGGGUCGACAUCGCAGCAGGAUAGAUACCGACCUCGCUCGUCCACCCUUGCGGUCUUCAACCCUUCACCUGCGAAACCUAGCGCGUCGCACCAGGACGUCACGGUGUCGAGUCGGGGGGCUUUCAACCUUCGGCCUACGAUUACGGCGAACGGCGGAAGAAAGGAUUCGGUCAGAGAACAAAAGGCCAAGCUGGAUUCUCUGGCUGUCCGCCAUCGCAAGCCAGUGUCUGCCCUCUUGAGUCAGCUCGGCGAGGUUCAGGAUGUUCGCGAAGCCGAAACUGCUCGACAGUGGGAGCAGUUCAUCAAGUAUCGACGAGGUAAAGCUUCGCAUCGUAAAAGCAGCGUAUCGGCCAGACAUCGCUCGACACCAGGUUUGGACAACGGGUCUUGGCAGGACGACCUGGUCGGUAUCGCCAAUAUCGGGGACGGAAAGACGGGUCAGGAGGUCAUGAAGCGAUUCAAGGCUUUGCUCGUUGCUUCUGGUAUCCCGAUCAAUAUGCGGGCCAGUAUAUGGGCAGAAUGUUCGGGCGCCAAGGACGCCUUCAUCCCGGGCGAGUAUUACGAGAUACUCUCUGUACACAAGCAAGACGAGCAUCCGAUCCUUGGGGAUAUCGAGAAGGACGUCAAACGCACCUUCCCUACUAACGUCUUUUUCGGAGGAGACGGUGUGGGCUGCGAAAAGCUCAGGCGACUUCUCACGGCAUAUGCCUGGCACGACCCGUCUAUCGGUUACUGUCAAGGGAUGAACUUGGUGGCAGCCACGCUGUUGCUCAUCUACGAAGACGAAGAAAGGGCCUACUGGACGUUCGUCUGCUUGAUCCGAAACCUGCUCCCGCGCGAAUGGUUCAACUCGACGCUUCAGGGCAGCAUGACCGAGCAGGCCGUGCUUGGCGAGCUCGUAGCCGAGACUUUACCCAAAAUCCACCGUCAUUUCGAGGAUCUUGGACUCGACUUGUCUGCAGUCACGUUCGGCUGGAUGUUGAGCUUGUUUACCAGCUGUUUGCCGAUCGAGACCGUCUUGCGCAUAUGGGACUGCUUCAUGAUCGAAGGCAAAGACGUGAUCAUACUGUCUGCCUUGGCCAUUUUGAAGAUGGGUCAGGCAGGCAUACUCGAAUGCGACAAUGUCGGAGACCUCUUUGACUACCUUAACGCCAUUACGGAACGGCUCUGGAGCCCGGACAAGCUCGUACAGCUUCAAAACAGUCUCAAGACGACUAUCACCCCUAACGACCUCGCCGCUAGACGGCAAAGACACGCUGAUGCAUUGAUGUCUGCAUCUGCAUGAAACGAACGAACUGUGUCACGACUUGGACCGAAAUAUUGUAGCCGGUUGCGAUCGAAUUAUUAUGCUUGUAUCUAGGUAUAGACAAGGACA